AUGGCCGACAACUCAGCACCGGUCACAAUCCGCACCCGCAAGUUUAUCACCAACCGCCUGCUGGCCCGCCGCCAGUUCGUCCUUGACGUCCUCCACCCGAGCCGCGCGAACGUCUCCAAGGCGGAGCUCUCCGAGCGCCUCGCCGCCACCUACAAGACGGACAAGGACCGCGUUGUCACUUUUGGCUUCAAGACUGUCUUUGGUGGUGGACGGAGCACGGGCUUCGGCCUGAUCUAUGACGAUGAGGCGUCACAGCGGAAGUUCGAGCCCAAGUACCGGUUGAUUCGGUCUGGCCUCAUGGUUGCACCACCGAAGACCAACCGCAAGCUUCGCAAGGAGCGCAAGAACCGUGCGAAGAAGCUCCGGGGUACCAAAAAGUCCAAGGCCUCCGAGCCCGCGAAGAAGGGCAAGUAA